GAUGGUGAGAGACGGUUCAGUCACAUGGGAGUGGUUGAGUUGAGAAGAAAGAAUAUAGCACUUUAACGUGUUUGUAUAUUUAAGAACUUUAUAAUUUACUAUUAAAACAUGGAGACGACGUGGGAAUUAUAUGAAAUGUUUCAAGCCUUGUUACAGGCUCCCGGUUAUCAUUUGGCACUAGAAUUAUUUUUAAUCUUAUGGCUGCUUUGGUUAUUACUUCAUAAAAGCUAUCAGCCCGACAAUACCGAGCUUACUGCAGAGGAGAAAGAAUCGCUGAUAAGCGAAUGGAUGCCCGAAGCGUUGGUACCAAAAACACCCGAAGAUCACUAUGCUUUAAAACCUCGAAUUGUGAAAGGAAAAUUAGGUAAAAAUGUUAUGGUCGACGGAAAGAUUUGCUUGAAUGCAGCCACUCACAAUUAUUUAGGAUUUGUGGAAAAUCCAGAUCUUGAGAAAGAAGCAAUCAUUGGGUUAAGGAAGUACGGUGUCGGCUCUUGCGGACCAAGGGGAUUUUUUGGAACUGUUGAUAUACAUUUAGAUUUAGAACAAGCUCUGGCCGAUUUUAUGGGAGUAGAAGAGUCUGUAUUAUAUUCGUACGGUUUUGCCGCUAUAUCGAGUGCAAUUCCCGCUUAUUCUAAGCAAGGUGACAUAAUUUUUUGUGACGAAGGAGUCAGUUUUGCCAUCCAAAAGGGUCUGGUGGCCUCUCGCAGUCAGAUCAGAUUUUUCAAGCACAACGACAUGGAAGAUUUGGAAAGAUUGUUUAUGGAACAAGUUGAAUUGGAUCACAAAAAUCCUCGAAAAGCCAAAGUUACUUUAAAAUUUCUCGUCGUCGAAGGACUCUAUAUGAAUCACGGAGACAUCUGUCCUCUACCAAAGCUGAUUGAGUUGAAAUCAAAGUACAAAGUUCGAUUAUUCAUCGACGAAAGUUGUUCUUUUGGCGUCCUGGGAAAGAAUGGAAGAGGUGUGACGGAACAUUUUGGCAUUCCGGUAGAUGAAGUGGAUCUCAUUGUGGCCAGUCUAGAGAACGCGAUGGCUUCUUAUGGAGGAUUCUGCUGCGGUUCUUCGUACAUAGUGGAUCAUCAGAGACUGUCUGGGUUGGGAUACUGUUUUUCUGCCUCUCUGCCUCCUCUACAGGCGGCUGUGGCUCUGGCAGCACUCAAGGCCAUGAAGUCGAAUCCGGAGGUUUUGGUCACUCUGAGAGAGAAUGCCAGUCUUGUGCAUAAAGAACUGCAAAGGAUUCCUCAGUUGAGCUUGGGUGCCGACGAAAUUUCCCCAGUCAAGCAUUUAUAUAUAGUGGGUGAUUAUUCCAGGGAAGAGAAGAUCAAGAAACUCGAGAGGAUAGUCGAUUAUGGAUACCAAAACGGCAUUGCAUUCACCGUUGCCCGUUACCUAGACAAGGAAGAGCACACGCUUCUGGCACCCAGCAUUCGACUGGUUGUCAAUUCCCUGUUUGAGGAGGCCGACGUAAAGCGGGUGGCAGAUGUGCUGCGAAAGGCAUGUGAGAAGAUUUUGUAACUAUUACGUUCGGUUUCUUCUUUCUGGAAACCGUCCUUUUCCGUCUCUGCCCAGGCCUUUUUUUGUCGACCGACCAAAGUGCGGAAACGGUUUUACGCGCAAAAAUCUACCGACCAUCCGGUGUGGAGGAGAGGACCGAUCGGACCAUUUCACCAACACAUUUAAAAACCAUGCCUAAUUAUUUACAUUACAUAGUAUAUGAUCGUCACUUGCUUGCAAAACCGCUUUACUUUACGUUGAGAGGUGUGGGGCACGUGCCCGCACGGUUUGGCAACGUCGCAAUAUACCUUUAAAUGUUUUUCGUGAAAGUGAAGACGACAAAACGUGUACAGUAAAAUGUAUAUUUUUGUUCUGCUUUUGGAAGAAUAUUUAUAUAUAGAUUUUUUAAAACCGAAUUGUAUUGAUAGUUUGAAGGAAGGAGAAAAAAAAAAAAAAUGCAAUUAUAUAUAUAUACACAUGUAUAAUAAAUUAUUGGCCCAUGUAUAUUGCAAUAUCUCGACCACCGCAUAUUUAAUCAGUCUGUAUCGCACGUACUAUAUUAGUAUUAUGAUUUCUUGCUUAGAAAAUUUGAAAAAGAAUGUCUUAAAAAAUGACUCGAGUGCUUCCCGGGUAACACGUUAUGGGGAAAAAAAAAGAAUUAAUACUUGCCUUUCAAAGUUUUCCUUUUUUUAUAACUGUUCUGACCUUUAAAUUUCAAAAUAACAAAGGUUUCAAUACAAUAAUUAAUUGUAGUUUUUAUGAAACGGCGUCUAAGGCAUUGCGCAAUGAGCCGACACCAUCGCGUUAUCCGUUAGUAGAUACCAGAGAGCUUGCCGAUGUAGUCGCAGUUUAAUUUAUGGGUGUAAAAUUGAUUGGAGAGGUUGCCCGCUUCCCAAAACUUUUGCCAUAUUAAUCAGCGGAGGUUUGAGUUGUGUUACUGCCACAUAAUUGUUUUUGCCAUUCGCUAAUAAUCAUAUCAAAGUGAUUUAUGGCCAGAUUGGCAAUGUGGUAUUACUCGGCAAUCAGACAAAAACAUUGGCAUUAAGGAUUAAAAAUUAUCCGGGAUUAGGUUGGUUUAUUUCAGUUUGGUUGCUCGUUGGGGAAUUUCUCUCACCCACGCAAAACUUAAGCCCAAUUUUCACUGCAAAGUUCGUGUUUUUGAUAAAAUUGCAUAAAGUAGGGUAGCAUUUUAAGCUUUGGUCAGAAAUUUCUCAAAAUUGCCGGGUUAGAGCAGUUAUAAAAGAAUGAA